GCUUCUAGAGCCAGGCGGGGGCCCAGGGACACCGGGGCUGGGGCUGGGUGACCUUCAGGCCUAGGGCUGAGCCCUCUGCACCCUUAGCUUCCAGGAGGAGAUCCCGGCUUGGGCCUGGGUCUGCCCCUGCCUGAAAUCCAUGCCGAAUUCCCUCACCAGUGGCCAGGUCCCCCCCACUACUCUGGACCUGGUUGGCCUGGUUAACCGGAGUCUGGGAAAUGCAGGUACCAGGAGCCCCACGGCCAAGGUCUCCGCCUGCCUCUGCCCACCCAUCAGGCCCUGUCCCAUUGCUCUGGGGACCUCUGGUUCUGCCCUGGUCUUGGAAGAGAGGGACACGGACCCCUGGGCCCUCCCUGAGCUGAAGGACACUGGCCAAUCCUGGAAAGAGCUCAGCUUGGCCGGCAGGGUGCUCCGGGUGGUCAUUGGCUUCCUCAAGGCCUGUGGGCUCCUGGGCAGCCUCUACCUCUUCAUCUGCUCCCUGGACAUCCUCAGCUCUGCCUUCCAGCUGCUGGGCAGCAAAGUGGCUGGAGACAUCUUCAAGGACAACAUGGUGUUGUCCAACCCUGUGGCUGGACUGGUCAUUGGUGUGCUGGUCACAGUUCUCGUGCAGAGCUCCAGCACGUCCUCCUCCAUUGUGGUCAGCAUGGUGGCCUCUAAGUUGCUGACCGUCCAGGCUUCGGUGCCCAUCAUCAUGGGCGUCAAUGUGGGCACGUCCAUCACCAGCACCCUGGUCUCAAUGGCACAGUCAGGGGACCGGGAUGAGUUUCGGAGGGCCUUCGGCGGCUCAGCCGUGCACAGCAUCUUCAACUGGCUCACAGUGCUGCUCUUGCUGCCACUGGAGAGUGCCAUGGCCCCACUGGAGAGGCUCAGCGCUCUGGCCCUGGGCACCACCAGCCUGCAGCCUGGGGGGCGUGCACCUGACAUCCUCAAGGUGCUGACGCAGCCACUCACACACCUUGUUGUGCAGCUGGAUGCCAAUGUGAUUACGGGAAGUGCCACAGGCAAUGCCACCAACAGCAGCCUCGUCAAGCGAUGGUGUGGCACCAGGGGGGAGAUGACCACGGGGAAUGGCAGCAACUGUGGAGUGGCCACCUCCGACUCCUGCCCUGAGAGGAACAGCUCAGCCGCCCUGGAGCACCUGCCCUGCCACCACCUGUUCGCAGGAACGGCGCUCACGGACCUGGCCGUGGGCUUCAUCCUGCUGGCAGCUUCCCUGCUCGGGCUCUGCUCCUGCCUCGUCCUCCUCGUCAAGCUGCUCAACUCCGUGCUGCGCGGCCGUGUUGCCCAGGCCGUGAGGACUGUCAUCAACGCUGACUUCCCCUUCCCAUUCGGCUGGCUCAGCGGCUACCUGGCCAUCCUCGUGGGUGCCAGCCUGACCUUCAUGCUCCAGAGCAGCAGCGUCUUUACGGCCGCCAUUGUGCCGCUCAUGGGGGUGAGGGUGAUCAGCCUGGAGCGCGCGUACCCCCUCUUCCUGGGCUCUAACAUUGGCACCACCACCACGGCUCUGCUGGCGGCCCUAGCCAGCCCCGCAGACAUGCUGCUCAGCGCCGUCCAGGUCGCCCUCAUCCACUUCUUCUUCAACCUGGGCGGCAUCCUGCUGUGGUACGUGGUGCCUGUCCUGCGGCUGCCCAUUCCACUGGCCAAGCGCUUCGGGGACCUGACCGCCCAAUACCGCUGGGUGGCCAUUGCCUACCUGCUGCUCAGCUUCCUGCUGCUGCCACUGGCCACCUUUGGGCUCUCCCUGGCAGGCGGCACAGUGCUGGCUGCCGUUGGGGGGCCCCUGGCCGGGCUGGUGCUCUUCGUUGUCCUGAUCAACGUCCUGCAGCAGCACCGGCCAGCCUGGCUACCCCACCAUGUGCGCUCCUGGGCCUGGCUGCCCCUCUGGCUCCGGUCUCUGGAGCCCUGGGACCGCCUGGUGAGCCGCUGCUGCCCCUGCAGGGCCCGCAGCCCACCUCGGGCCACCGCCAAGGAGGCCCACUGCCACGAGAACCCUGAGGUGCUGGCCUCCCAGCAGUUGUGAGGGGUGGGCACCCCCGGGGACCCCCACAACCCUUGCCCACUGACCUCUGGGUACCCUGGGUGAUCCCUGUAGCAGUGGACUUCUGAGUCGUCUGGCUCACGUUCUUUGCAAAUAAAGAAGAAGCUGUGA